AUGAGCCAAAUCCCUGCAGAAGUGGUGAAGGAAGUGGACACCAUCUUGGCCAAUGAAGCCUUGUCAGUGCUGCAGAAAGUGGAGAAGCUGUUCAAGACUUUCAGUGGCAGUGGCUUUGGGUACAAGCAGCAUGUGCUGCCCAAGGAUACACUGACUCACCCUAGCAAUAGAGGGGGGAGUAUGCUGAAUGCUGCAGAUGUCUGGGAAAAGGGCCAUCGAAUGGUCAAAGUGGGUGUCCAACCUUCACUUCUCAAUGAAGGUGCUGUGGCUUUCGAGUUGGCAACAGAGGAAGGCAUGAGAAAGAGGCAACUGGAUGCAAAUGUGGCCUUGGUCAAAGCUUCUGGUGACACCCUGGCCCCAGUGACUUUCCAGGAAAGGUUUUUGACAGUGGCAACCAGCCACACUGCUGCCUUCUGCAAAGCAGUGGAGCAAGGGUUGAAAGGACCCCUGGGGUUUCCAGUGGAUCCAAAGCAAGACCCUGGGUUGCAGCAAUUGUGCUCCAAGGGCUGGCCUUUCCUUGUUUUGAGCAAUGCAGUGGAAGUGAAAUGGCCCCAGCUGCCCAGCUACAUUCAAUCAGCUUUGAAUGCAGUGAACAACUCCUACCAGCAGAUGACUGAGAUCGAAGCUGCAAGUCAAAUGUGCGAGUACUUGAACCAUGGAAUGGCCUUGAAGGAAGCUUUGCAAAAAGUGCAGGAAUGUGACCCCGCUUGCAAGAGGUCUCUGGAAGCCAUUGCAUGGUUUGUCUCCAGGUAUGGAGGAGAGAGGCAAUGCCUAGUGAAGUUCUUGGCUCACUUCAGUAAGACCUAUGGGUCACUGCUUCUGGGGGAAGAGAUGAUGAAGUCCAUUGCCUACAUGGAGUUCAAAGGCUCUACCUCCUUGUACCCUUUCCUGAGGACAGCACUGUGGGCUUCAAUGAUGUGCAGCAACCGAUCCAGUGAUGGAUACUCUAAGCUCCUGAACAAGUCAGAUUGUGAGAAGCUGAAGAAUGCUGCUUUCAAGGCUCAAGUGGACAUGGCUGAGCAAGCUUUGGCAGAUGGCUGGGAAGUGAUCCAGAAAUCUACUGCUGAACAAGCCACCAAAUUGGCUGCCUUUGGGAGAUUGUGUACCAGACUGACUUUGCAUGUCUUGAAGAAAGAGAAGCACGGCAGAGAACCAGCUGGACAUGAAAGCAUCAAUGCUAUUUGCACACUGUUUGCUGCUGAUUUGGCUGGUGGAGCUAAACCAAGUGUCAGAAAGGAAGAGGCCAAGCCCACUGUUGAACUGGAGGUGAAGAAUGUCUUGGCCAGUACACCUGCUGAGCUGGCACUGUUGCAAAAUCCGCACAUGAAGCAGGGCCAAUUGUACACAUGUUCAAAGGAGCAUGGAAACAAGAUUUGGACUUUCUUGAACAGCAGUGCAAGCAAAGUGAAAUUCUCUCACCAGCCAGUGUUUGGCCCAGCUGAAAGCGUUGAAGUGGAAUUUGAGAAGCUGAAGGAUGUAGCCUUCAGCAACCACCCCAACUUGGUUUGGUCAGUGAAGAAGGUGAAGAAAGGAGCAUUGAAAUUGUUCCCAGCAGGCACUGUCACCAAAGUGAAAGACACACCAGUUGGAGGCAAGCAUUACAUCAAGGCCUUUGGGCACCAUUGGCUUGUUCAGCCUUUCAAAGCUUUGACUGACUUCAAGAAGGGUGAAGGUGUUCUGGCUCCUUUCUGGUGGGUGAAAAGUGCUGACAAUGAGGGCAACAUGCAGCUGGCAGAAGCUACAGUGGAUGGUUGCAAGAUCCCUUACUUGGUGAACUGCACUCCUCUGGGCCCUGAAGAGAUGCUGGUCCUUGAGAAGCCUGAAAAUGCUUCUUCUGCUAAAAAGCAGAGCAAAGUGAAGAACCCGUCCUUGUCUAGCAGUGUUCACUUGCAGAAAAUGCUUGAGGACAGGAACACUGCAGCCAUGACAUUUUUGAAUGCCCAGGGUCAAGCUGCUGAGCCAAAAGAGAACUUGUUUGAAGAGAGUGAGGAAGUGGAAGACAAGCAGCCUGCCUCCAAGAAGAGAAAAUGUGCAGAUGCUGGUGAUUUCACUGUUGAGAUUCAAGUCCAAGAGCAGCCUGUACAAGUUCUUCUGAGAGGUGCCAGGCCUACUAGAAGUGAUUUGCUGGUUCGAAUGGAACCAGAUCAGCUAAAAGCUGUUUUGCAACUGCUUGAAGAAGAAGCUGCAGACUGCUUAGCUGCAGAUAGGAGGCAGUACAAGAAAGCUAAGCAAUGUACAGCAUUGAAUCUCUUGGUGAAGAAGGAGAAAGAUGAUGAUGAUAAGACUCAGCCUCCUAGCCCAGUGAUGGAAGAUAUAGAAGAGGAACCAUUGGAGGUUGAGCAGAAGUCAUUGCUUGACCUGGUAGCUUCAUUGCCUGAAAACACCAUUGAAGAGAAAAUGGAUGUAGACAGCUUGGGCAAGCUACUGGUGGAGGAGAUUGAGAAGUACAAGAAGGCAAUGGGGAUUGCUGUCAAAGAGGAAAAGGAUGAGGAUGCAGUGAAGGACAAGACUGACAAGGAAAUUACUGAGAUGAAAAAAGAGCCAAUGGAGAAGAGAAAAUUGCCCAUGCCUACAUGGCAAAGCAAAAAGCCCAAGAAUGAUGAUCCCAAAGAUUCACUGGCACCUCCACCACCACCUCCAACUACUACAAGGCGUACUGAUGUGGGGCAUAGAAGUGGUAAGACCUAUGGGUCACUGCUUCUGGGGGAAGAGAUGAUGAAGCCCAUUGCCUACAUGGAGUUCAAAGGCUCUACCUCCUUGUACCCUUUCCUGAGGUGGGCUUCAAUGAUGUGCAGCAACCGAUCCAGUGAUGGAUACUCCAAGCUCCUGAACAAGUCAGAUUGUGAGAAGCUGAAGAAUGCUGCUUUCAAGGCUCAAGUGGACAUGGCUGAGCAAGCUUUGGCAGAUGGCUGGGAAGUGAUCCAGAAAUCUACUGCUGAACAAGCCACCAAAUUGGCUGCCUUUGGGAGAUUGUGUACCAGACUGACUUUGCAUGUCUUGAAGAAAGAGAAGCAUGGCAGAGAACCAGCUGGACAUGAAAGCAUCAGUGCUAUUUGCACACUGUUUGCUGCUGAUUUGGCUGGUGGAGCUAAACCAAGUGUCAGAAAGGAAGAGGCCAAGCCCACUGUUGAACUGGAGGUGAAGAAUGUCUUGGCCAGUACACCUGCUGAGCUGGCACUGUUGCAAAAUCCGCACGUGAAGCAGGGCCAAUUGUACACAUGUUCAAAGGAGCAUGGAAACAAGAUUUGGACUUUCUUGGACAGCAGUGCAAGCAAAGUGAAAUUCUCUCACCAGCCAGUGUUUGGCCCAGCUGAAAGCAUUGAAGUGGAAUUUGAGAAGCUGAAGGAUGUAGCCUUCAGCAACCGCCCCAACUUGGUUUGGUCAGUGAAGAAGGUGAAGAAAGGAGCAUUGAAAUUGUUCCCAGCAGGCACUGUCACCAAAGUGAAAGACACACCAGUUGGAGGCAAGCAUUACAUCAAGGCCUUUGGGCACCAUUGGCUUGUUCAGCCUUUCAAAGCUUUGACUGACUUCAAGAAGGGUGAAGGUGUUCUGGCUCCUUUCUGGUGGGUGAAAAGUGCUGACAAUGAGGGCAACAUGCAGCUGGCAGAAGCCACAGUGGAUGGUUGCAAGAUCCCUUACUUGGUGAACUGCACUCCUCUGGGCCCUGAAGAGAUGCUGGUCCUUGAGAAGCCUGAAAAUGCUUCUUCUGCUAAAAAGCAGAAACUGAAGGCUUAG